AUGGAACCCAAAUCUCGUGGGGUGUUUCGUUCUGUAUUCGCCUUGGCAUUGCUUUUCUUGUUUUACAAUCACGAAAACGGGUUCAAAACCCCAUUUUUAGUGAAACCCAGAGUUGGGGUUGAUGAUGAUGGUGAAAUUAUCCACCGGAGAAUCACGGAAACCGAUGGUGGAAGAAUCACAGCUCGAAAACCCAAUAUUUGCUCGGGCUUGUUCGAGCACAAGGGCUAUCAAACUCAAUGCGAUUACUUGAUCACUCACCCCGAGUGUAAUCCCGGUGGGUUUUUCAACUACAUCAAGUUCUUUUAUUGCACCUGUCAAGAUUCCAGCUUCUUGGGGUUCACCGUGCUGGCCAUAUGGCUCGUUGCGUUGUUUUACCUAUUGGGGAACACGGCAGCCGAUUACUUCUGCUGUUCCUUGGAAAAGCUUUCGAGUUUACUGAAGAUGUCACCGACGGUUGCCGGCGUUACUUUGCUGCCGCUGGGGAACGGCGCUCCCGAUCUGUUUGCGAGCAUUGCUGCAUUUUCCGGGAAGAAUUCAGGCGAAGUUGGGAUUAAUAGUGUGUUGGGAGGGGCUGUGUUUGUGACGUGUGUUGUUGUUGGGAUCAUCUCGCUUUGUAUAGCUGAGAAAAGGGUCCAAAUCGAUAGGAAUUCGUUUGUUAGGGACACGGGUUUCUUCUUGUUCUGUCUGAUUUGGCUCUUCCUGUUCUUGACUGUAGGAGAAGUCACUGUCGGGACUGCAUUGCUGUUCGUUUUGCUCUAUGUGAUUUAUGUGCUCGCCGUUGUUCUCAAUGAGGUUGCUAGGAUCAACGUUAGGGUGUUUAAGUUGGGGUAUGUCACGCCAUUGUUGCCCGUUAGAUUUGGUGGUUCAUCUUCUAGUGGAGAUGAAGAGGGGGAUUCCAUCUACGCCUCGCUGCUCGAAUCCGGCUCGAAAACCGACAUUCCGUGUCUCGAAAAUAGGUUGCCUCGCUGGAUGUGGGCGUCUCGGGUGGCGAUCUUUUCCGAUGAGCCCGCAGAGGAUCCAAAACCGACGUGGGGUUGGAACGAUGAGGAAACGUCGAAUGACCGGUCUUCGUUAUCGUAUUGUAAAUUCCUUUCGUUGUUGGAGUUCCCGUUGACGCUUCCGAGGCGGUUAACGAUUCCCAUGGUGGAAGAGAGAUGGUCGAAGGGGUACGCCGUGGCUAGUGCUGCAUUGGCACCGAUACUUCUCGCUUGGUUGUGGAACACGCAAGAUGAUGAUGCAACUCCACUGAGCCAGGAAAUUAUGUACUUCAUUGGCGUAACACUUGGUGUUAUACUCGGAGUUCCUGCAUAUCUGUUCACCACAUCCGAUCAUCCGCCUCGCCGGAUUUUGCUUCCAUGGGUUUUGGGAGGGUUUAUCAUGAGCAUAGUCUGGUUCUACAUGAUCGCGAGCGAACUCGUUGCAUUGUUGGUGGGACUAGGCGUGAUCUUCCGCAUCAAACCUUCGAUCCUUGGUCUGACCGUAUUGGCAUGGGGGAACUCAAUGGGCGACUUGAUGUCCGACAUUGCACUAGCGAUGAAAGGCGGGGAUAGCGUACAGAUCGCCAUGUCGGGAUGCUACGCCGGACCGAUGUUCAACACGCUCGCCGGUCUAGGCAUCUCGUUGGUUCUCGGUGCUUGGAACAAAAAGCCCGAUCCAUACAUCGUUCCCAAAGAUAGCAGCCUGUUUUGCACAAUCGGGUUUCUGGCAUUAGGCCUGGUCUGGUCCUUCAUCGUGCUGCCCCGUAACGAUAUGCGGCCCAACAAGACGCUCGGAAUCGGCCUUAUAAUGAUCUACUCAAUAUUUGUCACUGUUCAGAUCAGUGCAUCCCUUGGUGUUUUAACCAUAAGUUUAGGCUAAAAAUGCUAUGAACCAAACAAAACAGUCCA